CUUUUCGCGGUGGAUCUCCAUCGUGCGCAGAAGAAGAUCUGCGAUUCUGGGAGGGAAGUGAGGUGGAAAAUUUUGCUGUCUUUGCUGAGAUAAAUAGAGAAAUAAGGAAAAUUCCAUCGAUCAGCGGUGUGAAAAGAUUUGCGGACUUCUCGUGGGAGAUUAACGCGCGCGAAGAUGGAUCAAAAUCGACCGAUUGUGGAUGAAAACCAAAUCCAACGAUCGCGAGAGGAGCGACGCACAACUGGGCGCAUUGUGGCAGUGAUCGUGGCCCUGUCAAUCAUCAUGUUGGCCUGCUAUCACGCGUGGAUAAGAAAGACUGCCGUGCUGGCCGGCGUGAUCAUUCCCGCGCUCAUCAUGGUCCUGUACACCGCCUGGGUGCUCUACACGGCCAAAAGGGACAAAUACAGGCGCAAUCUGGAGCUUCACGGAGCCGCCACUCUGGCUGAGGUGCUCUCCAUGGGACCGUCAUCGUCGUCCAAGAAGGACUCCGACGCCGAAUCGGGAAUGGCCAAAGAAGCUGAGCAGAAGUCAGCAGCCAACGAGAGUAGACAUCAUCAGCAGAAGAAGAAAUCUCAUCCCAAAGUCACUCUGCCAGAAAUUCCGCCGCAUUCAGGAAGUGGUGUGAGCGGGAAAACUGGAAAACAUCAUGAGAAGCAAGACAAUAGGCAUCAAAAGAUGUACAAUCGAAGUCAGUCAGCCGCUUAGGAGUUAUAGUAUUGUUUUACUGAGAUUAAAUGGAAUAA